AUGACGUCCGCAUACGCCAAUGGCUCCGCCAAGGCGGCCUACUCUUCCUCCUCCGCGACGACUACUGCUCUGAGCAGAUGGAGCAUUGCGGGCAAGCAGCUGCCGGCCGUUGAUAAGAUCAAGGCCCUGCACAUUUACGAUUUCGACAACACUCUAUGGAGUGGCCCUACCAUCGGCGUGCUUUCCUCGCAAGAUAUGAUCUGCAACGGCGGCUGGUGGCACGAUUCCCGAAUCCUCGCAGCGACCGGCGAAGGCGUCGAGGCCGAAGAGAAAAAAGCCUGGGAAGGAUGGUGGAACGAGACGAUUGUCGACCUGGUCAGGCUGAGCAUCAAGCAGAAGGACGCUCUGUGCGUACUGCUGACGGGUCGCUCUGAGCGUGGUUUCGGCGACCUCAUCAAGAAGAUGAUCCAGAGCAAGGGCCUCGACUUCGACAUGGUGGGCCUCAAGCCCGCCGUCAGCCCGACGAACCAGGCUUUCAGCAGCACGAUGCACUUCAAGCAGCUGUUCCUGACGGCGGUCAUGGAGACUUACAAGAACGCCGACGAGAUCCGGAUCUACGAGGACCGCCCGAAGCACGUCAAGGGUUUCAGAGACUUCAUGGCGGAUUACAACCGCAGACAAACCAUCAACGCUACGCGCACCCGCGGACCGAUCACAGCCGAGGUGGUGCAAGUGGCCGACCUGUCUACGACGCUGGACCCUGUCAUUGAAGUCGCAGAGGUACAGCAUAUGAUCGACCUUCACAACGCGGAGAUCGCCAAGCAGCCUAUCGAUGUACGUCCCCAGAGGCUUCAGAUCAAGAAGACAGUCUUCUUCACGGGCUACAUGAUCAAAAAGGAGGAUACUGCACGGCUCGUGAAGCUCGCUCAGAUCCCGUCCGGCAUGCCUGACCAGGAACUGAAGCAUCAUGCUAACAAUAUCCUCAUUUGCCCACGCCCGUGCCCAGCGAGCAUCUUGGAGAAGGUUGGUGGCAUGGGUGCCAAAGUAACCUGGCAGGUCAGCGGUCUGGGAUGCUACGAGAACAGCAUUUGGGCAGCCAGUCUCCGGCCCGUUCCUUUCCAGACAAAGUUUCAUACUGACAACCCGAUUCCCUUGGUCGUACUCGCUCUUCGCAAGGGCGCCCGUCCCGUCGACGCCGGUAAGAUAGACAACUGGCAAGUCGUCCCUCAGGACAAAGCGUUGGUAUUCGAGACCACUAUUGGCGAGAAGAUGAUCCUUCGCAUUGAGCCCGAGGACCCCCACGAGGAUGAGUACGAGUCCCUCUUCGCCAACAAGUCUUCUAAGAGAAAGCACGAUGGAGGGGACUACUCCCGUGACCACCGGCGUGCUCCGUACAACGGCCGCAACGAACGCCGAGACUUCCACUCUGGACGUGGCCGGGGCGGUGGCGGCGGCUUCCGUGGUGGUAGGGGUGGUGGCAGAGGUCGCGCUAAGGGCGGACGUGGACGCGGAAUGCAUGGCUACCGCUCUCUGGACGACGUCGAUCGUAACCAGCAAGGCGGCUACAGCCAGCCGGUCGACUACGACGACUCCAACUACCCCUCCCUUCCUGCGGCACCGGCACAGCAACAGGGUGGUUUCUACGGCCAACAGCCGCAGUACCAGGCUCCCUACAACGCUGCAUGGUCCACGGGACCUCCACCAAAUGCGCCGACUGGGCCAGCCCCAACGGGACCGCAGGGACGUCCCAUGGGAGGCGGCGGUGGCCCCAACUACGGCGGUGGCGGCGGAAGCGACUUACAGAACUACUACUAG